GAAACACAAACGAAACAGAAACGAAAAGAUUACGGGAAAACUCUCUGUUCCGACGAUGUAAAGAAAAUUCUGUGUGUGUGCUGCACCCAUUCUGUGGGACUGGAUUUCUGCUGUUCUACUAAAUAGAUCGAAUCGAUCCCACUUUGUCCAAAAGCAUUCCUCGUCUUCCGUGGUUCCGUGAUUCGUGUUGUUUGGUGUGCAUUGUUGUUUUUGUGGUUUUCGUGGAAUUCCCGUGAUGUCCCCGAUGUGAAGUGAUUCACACUUGGCACGGUGCUGUGAAGAGGUGUGUAGGAGUCGCUAGCGCGAAGAAACUAUGAUGGUCAACACAAUGGAAAGCUCGUACGCAACAAUGUCCAACAUUUCGCAGCAUGCCGAAAACUUCCCACUGCCAGAACUAACACCAGAGCAGCAAAAACUGUUGAUAGAACUACGGCGAAAAAAGCAAGAAAUAUUGCUCGAGAUACAGCAAAUCAACGAUGAGCUGAUUGAGGUCGAGUCGGAAAUGAAAGCGCACGAAAGCAAGGAGGAGAACAAACAUUCCAACAAAGACAAGCAGAUGGCGCUGGGGAGGAAAAAGUUCAACAUGGAUCCAAAGAAAGGCAUAGAAUUUUUAUACGAAAACCAACUUCUCAAGACCGACGCACAGGAUGUAGCACAGUUUCUCUACAAAGGCGAAGGACUCAACAAAACGGCGAUCGGUGAUUAUUUGGGUGAGAAAAAUGACUUCAACGAGCAGGUGUUGAAGGCCUUCGUAGAACUGCACGACUUUACGAAUUUGAUACUGGUGCAAGCUUUAAGGCAAUUCCUCUGGUCAUUCAGACUGCCCGGCGAGGCGCAGAAGAUCGAUCGUAUGAUGGAAUGCUUCGCUCAACGGUACUGCCAGCUCAAUCCCGACAUCUUCACCAACACGGACACGUGCUACGUGCUGAGUUUUGCCAUCAUCAUGCUCAACACGUCGCUCCAUAAUCCCUCGGUCAAAGAAAAGCCGACGGUUGAACAGUUCAUUUCCAUGAACCGUGGUAUCAACAACGGUGGCGAUCUUCCGCGCGAGCUUUUGGAGUCCCUGUACGAGUCGAUACGUGCCGAGCCGUUCAAAAUACCGCAGGAUGAUGGUAACGAUCUGAUGCACACCUUUUUCAAUCCCGACAAGGAGGGCUGGCUGUGGAAGCAAGGUGGAAGGUAUAAAUCGUGGAAACGCCGUUGGUUCAUUUUGAACGAUAAUUGUCUGUAUUACUUCGAGUACACCACCGACAAGGAGCCGAGGGGCAUCAUUCCAUUGGAAAACAUUGCGGUGCGGGAAGUAACGGACCGGAGCAAACCGCACUGCUUCGAGCUGCAUGCGAGCGGCGGGGCGGACAUUAUCAAGGCCUGCAAAACCGACAGCGAGGGCAAGGUGGUGGAAGGUAAGCACACCGUUUACCGCAUGUCCGCCGCAACCGAGGAGGAGCAGCUGGAGUGGAUCAGCCGCCUGAACCAGUCGAUCAGCCACAAUCCGUUCCACGACAUUCUAGUACAAAGGAAAAAGAAGGCUCUGGCAAAAAGUUAGUUAGCGCUUUCCUCUUGCCUGAAAAACUAAAACCGAUAAUGUCCACACAUCAGCUCCACACAGCUCCAUUACCAAAAAAGAAACGUAAAAACAAUAACAACAAAAAAGCGAGAAAACGGCCCAAACUGCUUGAGAGGAAUGUGUGUGUGUUGCUGGUGAUCAUUUUGGGCACAAACCAUUUUAGGAAGGAUAAUCGCUAGGAUCAUGGUUCAAAACACCCAGGCACACCUUCACAAUCAGUCCAUUGGCCAUCACGAAAAGGAACCGCUAGUGGCUUCCGCAAAACCUUUUGGCCAUCAUUUUAACCUUUGAUAAUGCCAAAAAUAAGGAAAUAAUUGUGUGUACACAUCGUCCCCCGGGUGGGGGCCGCCCUGAAAAUGGCGGACUCCCAUUCAGUCUCUCUUGUCGUUGCUUGUACGGCGAUACAUGCUUAGUACCUCUACCAUUAACGCUUCCGUGGAAUGCUUCCCGCGUGUGUACUGUUCGUGGCUACUACUUCAGCAUACCGUAAAACCUGGGCGUCAGUGGCGCCGCGACUCCAUGUCUCCACGUUUCGUGUACUACGCCAUGGCACUCGGUUAGAUGGCAACACACAAUAAGAACGGAAUACUUAGUGGUAAAGUGUUUUGGAGCGUGACUUGAGUUAGCCUGGCUUAGUUAGUGAGUUAGAAUUAGUUAAUGGCAGGGUUUGAGUGAUAGUAGUACACCGUUGCCUUAGUUAGUUCGAAUUGUUUCGGUUCGUUAGUUAACUGAACAUGUGUUUACAUUGUUUACCGUGGCCUUUCGUUUACGUUGCUUACUCCGUCGCUGUGUUCCAUCAUAUCUUGUGCCACGUUUUGUGUGUUGGGUUCGUUUGAGAAAAGUGCAGGACGGUUGCAAGAGGUUCCUAGCGAGUAUUCUCUCCCAGUGCAAACUUUGAAGGUAGCGUGUGUAACGAAAAAGUGGAAAAGAUUGUGACAUUGAGCGAUCAAUCGUGACUGUGAUCAUGAUAGUAUGCGGAAGUAGGAAAGUUAGUGAAGCGUACAUAGGAAAAACAAAUAGAAAGGAAAGCAAAGGGAUCAUCGCCUGUUUACUAGUGGUCGAGUUUUCUGUAUAGGUAAACUUCUUUUGUAGGCAAACGUUCCUUUCAGGUCGAUAGCUCAGUAAUUGACACUCAUCUGGCACGUAAAUGUUUGUUGCAACACUGAUCUCGUUUACCCAUUCGAACGCUUGUGUACGCCCGCAAACAGAGCGCAUUUGUUAAUCGAAUGACUAAAGAAAUGUGCGAAUUAACGUUUGGAGCAACAUUUUACUAACACCGGCGAAAGAUCCUGCCGCUUUCCCUAGCACAAUGCUUGCGCAAGCCCUGCUAGUGAUAUUGCUUGAAUCGAUGAUUGUGAUCAACUAAACGUACGUUUAGUGUGCGUGAGUGAAUGCGUUGUGUGUUAUUGCGGGUACGGCUGAGGGUAAUAACGCGAAAAAUGGUAUAAAACGUUUUAGUUACGAAGUUAUUCAUCCAAACUGACCAAAAAACUGAUGGAUCAGUGUGAACAUAUAAAUAGGAGACCGAAUACCGAACCUUAUCGUAGUCGCAUUCUAAACUGAGCAGAGCGAUAGUUUAAGGACCAUUACCGUCGCUACGAGCGAAACGAAGCAUUUUAAAUCUGUUUAUUUUAACCACCGGUUGAACCAAUGUUACGGUUCCAUAGGAAUACUGCGAGAAACACAAUUUCUCCUUGUGUACGCUUCCGCAGCGGAUAGGUUUGUGAAAGGAUAAGAGAACGGCUUUAGGCAAUAGUUGUUUUGCAUCAUAUCUCUCUGGUCCCGCGUGCUUCCCAUCUUGUAGCUUAUUCUUGUGUUUCUUUUUCUCCAACCCAAUUCCCAGGUUUUGCUUAUUUAUCUAUCCACCGAUCAUCUCUCGCCAGCGCAUGACGUUUGAUGAACAAUGUUGAAAACUGUGUAUUUCACUCAUCUACGUGUAGGCUAUCAUGUAUUUGUACAAUUUUACUGUAAAAUCAAAAGGGAAAUAUCGGCGGGAAACGGCUCACCACGGCAAGGUUUAGGCUAAAUUUAUAGUAUGUAGUGUAUUAAAUAAUAAUUGGUUGAUCGUGUAAUGAAAAACUACGGAUGGUUUUCUUCCAUAAUUUGGUUUUCAGGUAAACCGUUUCGAUACUAAGCGAACGACUUUCGAGAAAGAACAGGUUUUCGACGAGUUGCGGGUUUUUGUGGUAUAU